AUGAAGUGUCAAGCUCUGUCGGUCGUGCUUGCCUGCACUGUGCAGGCAGUCUGGGCCAACCCACCGCCAGCCUACGGCAAUGCCCCAUCACCACCUACUUAUGGGUCCAAGCCGCCGCAAUAUGGUUCUAGUCCACCUCAGCCAUACGGUGUCUGCAAGGAAUACUACAGUCUCAUCUACUACCCUCCUGCACAGGCAUUCUGCCAGAAUAACUACCCUAAGCCUCGACAGACUUCCACCGUGGUCACCACAUCGACUGUCACAGUGUCUCAGCCCUAUCAAGGCCCGCCUUCUCACGGCCCGCCUGGCCAUGGUCCGCCGACUCCACCUUCUCACGGUCCACCUUUCGCCGGCCCACCAGCCGUCUGCAAUGCCAAGCGAGAGGCAGAUCCUGAAGUCGAGCCUGUCGCUGAAGCCGAGGCACAUCUGAUGAAUCUCCGCAAGAGGCACUACGAUCUGGCGAAGGAUUUCUGCGAUAAAUGCAUCAAGCCGAAGCCACCAGUAACCACAACCCAGACAAUCACCAAAACGGAGACCAAAAAGACCACGCCUCCAACAUAUCCAACCACAACCGCAGUGUGUCAAAAUGCGCUCGAGCAAUGCGGAUGGGACAAGAAGUGCUGCCAUGGGCUUUCCUGCAAGGACUUCACUGUCCCAGCUUACGGUAACGACUACACGAUCUACAAGUGUGUGCCGGAUGUUCCCCCUUCCACCACCAAGUCGACAGCCACCGGCCCGAGUACCACGAAGUCUGUAUACACAACGACUCCGCAAAGCUCAACGACCAAGAGCACAACGCAGCCCGUCGGCACGGAGACUGAGAACACCAAGCAGUCUUUCGACCAGCGGAUUGACCAGUUCCUCUGGCACUCAGUAUACGAGCUCGACCUCUCGCCCUGGAUCCUCUUCGACCAGUCAAUCGACCGGUUCAUCUGGAAGCCAGUCUACGAGCUCGACUUCUCGCCCUGCGACUUCUUCCACGUCCUUGUCCACGAUCUCAAUAAGUACAUCUUCAGGGUCGACCUCCGCGUCCACUACAUCCAAGCAGGGCACUACAACUUCCGUCUCGACCAGCAAGACCACUGGAAGUACAUUGCAGUCCACGACAAGCGAGACGACCAAAGGUUCGACCACAGCAACUACGUCCCAGAUCACCUCCACCAGUGUCUCCACGACGCCGGGCACAUCGUCCUCAGGAAGCUCAAGCUCGGGCUCCACAGCCCGCAGUACAACUUCCGUCACUACGCCAGUACGAGCUCCGCCACUACGCCAGACACCUCCUGCACUUCAAGCCAGUCUACUUCUGCCACCACAAGUGACAAGAGCACUUCAAGCUCACGCUCCAUGACCGACAGCGACUACGUCGUCAACGGUGACAGGAACUUCUACCAAGACGACCGCUACAGCGUCGCAAACUCGAAGAGCACAACAUCGACCGGAUCUUCGACCGAUUCCACUACCUCCAGCUCGAAGAGCACCACGGCCAGCACGUCGGCCAGUACGACGCCCUACACUACGCCAAGCACAUCGUUCAGCGGAUCGUCGACCGGAUCUUCUAGCUCCCAGAGCAGCACGAGUAAGAUGACGACCCAAAGUACAACAGCCAGCGAUACCCCGUACACGACAGCCAGCACGACCCAAAGCACAACUAAGGGCACAUCCGAGAGCACAACGCCCUACACAACGCCGUACACAUCGCCUUCCACUAGCUAUACAACCGGCAGUUCGACCUCCAGCUCGUCAAGUACUACCGCGAGCUGCAAGCCGAAGCACGAUGACUGCGAAUGGUCUAGCGAGUGCUGCCCCGAUCUCGAAUGUCUCCCUGCAGAAGACGUCUAUGGCGUACCGGCAUACAGCAAGUGCCAGCCAUCUCCAAGCACGUCAACAUCUUCUUCUUCGUCUAGUACAGCCUCGACAACUGGAAGCACUGGCAAAGCUUCCAGCACAACAUCGUCUGAGACAGAAUCAACGACGAGCAAGGCGACUACGGAAACAAAGAUGAGCACCACUUCUGCAAUUGGCUCGAGUUCCUCGACAACCUCUGCGACCACAACGGCAUCCUGCAAGCCGGAGCCGGAGAAUUGCGAGCAUUCUGACGAGUGCUGUGCUGAUCUGCAGUGCCUGCCCGCUAAGGACGUCUAUGGCUAUCCUACCUACAGCAAAUUUCACGAAGACGGAAGGAUCAACGACAAGUUCAUCCGUCUUCCACUACUGUAUCGCAUUCGACAACGACAAGCGAAGAAGGCGGUCCCACUCCUCCAACAACUGCAUCGUCUUCCACGACUUCAGGAUCGUCCUCAUCAAGCGCCAGUACCACCACUGCCACUUGUCUCGCAGAGCACGAGAUCUGCAAAUGGAGCGAUGAUUGCUGCAUGGGCUAUACAUGCGAGACUGUCGACGAACCUUACGGCUAUGGAGAGCCUACCAAGAAGUCGACAGCACGACAAAAUCGAUGAGUACUACGACCUCCGCAACUCGACUGAAUCGACUGGUACGGCCACGACCAACACACCGUCAUCGACAACAUCAUCAGCAUGCGUCACCAAGGAUGCCGAAUGCACUUUGCAUGAAGACUGCUGCGCCGGGUAUGAGUGCAGCCCCUCCCUCUACACGAAGCGAGAUGCCCUCGGUGCUCGUAAUUUUGUCAAGACCUGCCAGCCCGUUGUCACAUCGACUUCGACGGAGGUGACUUCGACGACUAGCACUCCGACAUCGACGACGUCGUCGCGCGAUGUUCUCGACACCCGCAACUUCCUAAAGACCUGCCAGCCCAUUGUCACGACGACUUCGAAGGACAUGACAUCGACCACGGCAACGAUGACCGAAAGUACGCCAACAUCGACAGAGACAGCCCCGCCGUACUGUGGUACUGAGCACGACAAGUGCUACUCGGACAACGACUGCUGUGAUACUUAUGAGUGUAGCUUGGAUAGUCCGUGGACUAGCUACCGCCGCAACGCCCGCCGCAACACCUCCGGAACAUGUAAGCCCAAGGUCACAACCACGACCACCUCCAUGGACGACCAUCCCACAUCCACAACCACGCCCAGCACAUCGACGGGGACGCCUGCACCAUACUGCGGUAAAGAGCACGACGCAUGCUCCUCCGACAAAGAUUGCUGUAAUACGUACGAAUCUGUCAAACUCAUCUUCUCGACUUUCAAUGUGUUCUCCGAUCCCUGCGCUGUCCGAUGUUGGAAGCGAGUGUCAAACAUGACUGAGCAGUCUGGCGAAAACAAUGUUAAAAGCGCCCAAAAGCCGGCAUAUCAACCAAACAGCCAAAGUAGAAUUCUCCAACCCCUCCUACAACCUCGGAUAAAGCCUCGCAUUCCAAUUCCCGUCAUGGAACUGCAUGUAAUUCGCGAGCACGACUCUCAUCUCAUGCCAUGCAAAGUUCAUGCCGACGCAGGAAUGCUUGCCGCUUGA